AUGGUGUCAACGGAUUAUCGCAUACGCAUUGUUUACAUGAUUUGCCUUCUCUGCUUGAUGGUGCCACGUCACAUCGUCGCUUGUUUCGCUGAUUUGGUUUACAAAUCUCGCACAUUACCAUCUCACUCGAUCUCGUUCGCUUAUACGGUGACUCGUGCACUUCUAUCGGUUUGUUUAUAUGUGAAAGAUGCAUAUACAAAUGAAUUAUCAGAUGUGGAGGAUCAAGCGGCGAAGAUCUCAGUUGAAGAGCAAAUGCAGAUUACUAUCAUUCAGAAUAUCGAGAAAGACCUCCAAUUAGCAAAAUCUGAAGCAAAACAACUAAUAGAGGAUAUUGAUCAGAGGAUUAAGGAAAAGGGGCAGAUCUGUACCCAGAUUCUGGGAAAUCAAGGAAAAAUUUCUACUUUGGAAUCUGAUUCAUCCACACUUUGCCAGACAUUGGAGCUUAUUCAACAAGAAAGAGUCAACUUGUCAACCAAACUGUCAGAGAAAAGUGCCUACUAUGCCAAGUUAGCUGAUGAUCUUAAUACUAAAUUACAGAAACAGCAGGUCAAGCACACAACCGGCGAGAAAAUUGGCGAUUCUCGAGGGAACUGUGGCUCCGAGAACUGUCUCAAUGCAGACAAUCUGGAUAACGAUGAAAAGGAAGUAAUGAAAAAUUUGGAUGCUGCUCAUGCUAAAUUUGACUUGGUGACACAACUGAAAUCCAAACUUGUUUCGGAUAAUAGCAAGGCAAAGCAAUCCAUUGAGCUAGUGAGGCGUAGGAUAAAUGGUUUUAAGUCACAACUUAAGGAAAUGGAUAGGAGGACCCUGGAAGAAGAGCUUACAGCCCUUUUGUCAGACAAAGCUGGAGAAUCAGAGUAUUUGCAGUCUCUGCAUCAGCAAAUUGACAAACUGAAGGGAAUUUCCCAUAUCCUUAAAUGUACAUGUGGUAAGGAAUACGAGGUAGAAGUUGAUCUUGGUUCAAAAUAG